GUUUCGCUGUUUCUUCAACUUAAUGUUCAAUAUACAGCGAGUAGCGCGUCAUUCUAUCGGGUUUAUUGUAACGUUGUGUUGUUACCAUGGCGUUUACAGUUGACUUGGCAAUACGCUUUAAGUCCAGUCUUCCACCUGUGUUACAAGGAAAUAAUGAUUUCUUGCGAACAGUUGAAAUUAGCUUUCUGAAUACUUCCUUUCCUGGUUAAAUUGUUGAUUUCUAGACAGAGGCCUAGCAUUAUUUUCCUACAGAGCUUAGGUAGCUAGCUAGCUAGCUAGCCAACAGUUGUGGAAGAGUGGGCGGUUUUGGUAGGUAACGUUGUGUGUCCAUGGUGGCUCGCCAGCUAAACCUCUCGGGAAGAGGUGAAGUGAGCUUGUUAGUGCAGUUUACUACGCACAUGAUUAUUGGUUUGCUUGUAUAUCGAAUUAGCAAGCAAUGAACGAUGACCAUAGUUGACAAACCAUCAGAGAAGUCUGACCCUGAGUCAGAUCGGCCCAAGCGCUCUGGUUCAUUGACCCCAUUCACCUGUGGAGAUAUGGAUGGCAGCUCUACCAGCUGGGGUGUUGGAUCCUCACCCUCUGACACCCCAAAAACCAAAACCCCCUACGUGGGCCCCACCCCUGGUGCUGCUGUGUACAGCAACAGUUCAGCUGCCACAGGAGAGAGGCCCAAGGAGCAAAUGGUGAUGAUCAGUGGAGAUGGCAUCGUUAUCCCCCAGAAAGUCCUUUUUCCGGCAGAGCGACUCAACCUGAAAUGGAACCAAGUUCACCGCGUAGGAGCAGGACUCCAGAACCUCGGCAACACUUGCUUCCUCAACUCAGCUCUCCAGUGUCUCACGUACACGCCUCCCCUUGCCAAUUACUUGCUGUCCCGGGAGCAUUCAAAAACAUGUCAUGAGCCCGGCUUCUGUAUGAUGUGCACCAUGCAGAAUCACAUCACCCAGGUCUUUGCCAACUCUGGGAAUGUCAUCAAACCCAUUGGUGUUCUUAAUGAGCUAAAACGGAUUGCAACACAUUUUCGCUUUGGGAGCCAGGAGGAUGCCCAUGAGUUCCUCCGAUACACAGUGGAAGCUAUGCAAAAAUCUUGCCUGUCUGGUAACAAAUUGGACAGGCAUACACAGGCAACAACAUUAAUACAUCAAGUCUUUGGAGGCUACCUAAGGUCUAGAGUAAAAUGUCUGAACUGCAAAGCUGUCUCUGACACAUAUGACCCAUACUUGGAUGUUGCCUUGGAAAUUAAGACUGCACCGAACAUCACCAAAGCUCUUGAACAGUUUGUUAAACCUGAACAACUAGAUGGAGAGAAUGCCUACAAAUGUACUAAGUGCAAGAAAAUGGUUCCAGCCUCAAAGAGAUUUACGAUUCACCGAAGCUCCAAUGUGUUGACACUUUCUCUGAGUCGUUUUGCAAACUACAAUGGAGCCAAAAUUGCAAAGGAUGUGAGGUAUCCCGAGUACCUGGACAUGCGCCCGUUUAUGUCCCAGCCUCACGGCGAGCCUCUGGUCUACCUCCUGUACGCUGUGCUGGUUCACUCUGGGUUCAGCUGCCAUGCGGGACACUACUACUGCUUCGUCAAGGCCAGCAAUGGGCAGUGGUACGAGAUGAACGAUGCGUCUGUGUCGGUCAGUGAUGUCAGAUCAGUCCUCAACCAGCAAGCUUAUGUUCUAUUUUACAUCAGGUCACCAGAUGUGAAAAAUGGGUGGGACUACAACCAUUCCAGCCGCACGCCUGGCCAGUCCUCCCCACGGCCUAUCCUGAGCCCGCGGCCGGCCGCUCCCCGACACACCUCCAUCGGCUUCAUUGGGCCUCAGCUUCCGGCUCACAUGAACAAGAAACCCCCCCACAUCAAUGGGAACGGCUCCUUAAAGGAGCUGUCCUGUGGCUCCAAGCCCAGCAGCAGCAGCAGCAGCGUCGGCCGCACCGGCCCCGGUCUCUCCUCCUGCUCCAGCGCUCCACAGCUCAUCAGCCGUCCCACUGGCAUCCCCGAGCCUGCUAAGAGACCGAAGCUCUCCUUCCCCAUUGGUCAGGGGAAGACUGUUCGACUCUCGCAGGCCCCGCCCACCCUUCAAAGCAACCCCAGCUGCUCUCAGUCCAUUUCCUCUGUCUCGCACGCCCAGCCUUCCUCAUCCUCCUCCUUCGCCUCCUCAUCAUCAUCUUCGUCCUCCUCAUCCUCUUCGUCCUCCUCAUCCUCUUCUGCCUCCUCAAAGUCUACCUCAGAAAACCGGGCAGCGGCACUGUCUCGCCCUGAUGCCCCCCCCGUCCCCCGGCCUCCCCGUGUCAAUGGCACGGCCCUCAACCACUGCGCCACCUUCCUGGUGCCCUACGGCCAGGAGUCCUCGGAGGAGUCCGACCAGGAGGGCGGCGCCCUGGAGAACGGCCUGGCCAAGCCCCGCCUCCCCACUGCUGUGAACGGCAAGAACGGGGGCAGCGCCUCCCCCUACGGUCCAGCCGCCCGGCCCCAGCUGGCCCCCAGAACCAACGGCUCUGCGGCCCCAGAGGCGCGCACGCAGGAGGGUGGGACCGGACCCCCCUACAGCAUCCCCAAACCCAGCCAGAAUGGGGUGCACGAGUCCAACGGCAUCAAACACACUGAGCCGGUAGCUCCUGCCGCCCCCAAGGUUUUUGGCACGGGAAACGUUCAAAUGACGUUUCACACAACGUUUCAGACUGCGGGGAGCAGCACAGCCAGCUCUGCCACAGAAACCCUCCCCAGAACAAACCCCGCGUUUAUCCCCUUUAUCAGCAAAGAGACGCCUCCGGCUCCUGCACACCCCUCCCCGGCGGAUCGGCCGCUGGACCAGAGCUCUGGCCACAAAGACGCCGUGCAGCAUUCCGCCGUCCCCAGCAGGCCGCCGUGCAGCCAGGACACUCGGGCUCAGACCCCCCCGCGCGCUCCUCCCCCCGCCCCCGCCGGCUCUGUGCCGGAGGUCAGCGGGGCCCGUGGAGACGCGGGCGCCACGUCCAGCGGCUCUGCGUCAGCUGACGGCCUCAGCCCCCCCGCCGCGGCCCUCAGAGCCCCCGUCUUUUUCGGCCCCGAGCUGCCCCCUGGCGGAGCCCAUCCUCACCCCGCCGUCUCCCGGGCGAUGAACCCAGCGGACAGCGGGAAGGGCGACAGGCGGGAGGGGCAGGCGGAGCUUCGGGAGCACGACCCGCACCGCGGGGGUGGCGGGAGGGAAGGGAAGGCCAACGUGGAGAGGCAGAGGCCCCCCUCCAGAGACGGGGACGGCCCGCCCUCCUCCCCAGCCAAGGACAGGGGCAAGAGCCCGGACCGGCACCGGCACCGCAGGGAGCGGGACAGGAGCUGGGACCGGCACGCUCACAGACACCAAAGAGAGCACCGCGCGCACCGCGACAGGUCGCGCAGCUGGGACAGGCACCACCGGGACCGGGACGGCGAGCGCCGCUGGGACAGGCACGCCCACCGCCACCGGGACGGCCGGCACAGGGACCGGAGACGCCCGUCCGCCGAGCACCACGGCAGGGAGAGGGAGGAGCAGCGUGGCCGCUGGAAGUGGCCUGAGGAGGCCAGGGGGAGGGGACAUCACAGACACUCCCCCUCGGGCACGCCCCCCUCCGACCAGGACCGCCCCCCGGGACACGCCCACAGGGGCGACUCCGACAGGAAGCAGCAUCACUGGGACAGACAAUCAGAGGAGAGACGAGCGAAGAAACACAAAAAGUCCAAGAAGAAGAAGAAAACGAAGGACAAGGACCGGGAGCACUGGACCCCAGAUCCUGAGAACAUGGAGAGGAACCUGGACAGCAGCUCGUGGAAACACAAGAAGAAGAGGAAGAGAGGACACAAAGAGGUGGACUGUGAAAAAUCCCACAGAGAGAGCGACAGCGACCGGACGAGCCACAAGCGUCGCUGCCACAGGGAGGAGCCACGUCGCCCUGAGAACGGCCUUUCCCACGAUGCACCUCAUCUCCACAUCCACACAGGUAACGGGCUAUCCCAGCCCAACGGGAUUGCUCUCCCAGGUUGUGUGAAUGGCCUGGAGGGUGAGAUAAGCCCGGGAGACACUAACUGCGGGGAAUCAGUGGUUUUUCACCAGGCUGGACAUUACAGGGAUCAAGCCACUUCCGCGAACACUUCCAAGACACCUGUUUCUCUGGGAGCGUGUGGAGUCUCUGAGAGCAGCGUGUUCAGCAGGGACGUGCUCGUUGAUGAAAAUGAAAACAGACAGUAGAGGAAGUGGUGUUCGCCUGAAUCCAGACCUGGAUGGGUGUAGAAGCCUUUCCUUAAGAAAAGAGGAUUUCAACAGCAAACGAAUGAGACCCUGGAUAUUGCAAGUGGUGCUUUAUUCAUCUGGAAUACCUUCUCUUUUUCCACAGAAGUUUUAAUUUUUUUUA